AUGAUAUUAUUAUCCGAUAUGUCCUUCUCACCCCCCAUUUCUCGUGCAGACGACAUGGCAGGAUUUCACAUACCCGGGGACCCGUACUUUCCCAAUCAGGGAAAUGCUGGAUGGAUCGAGGAAGAGCCCGAGCAACAAAUCGAAGAGGACCCCGAGGAGGAUCCCAAAGAGGAUCCCGAGGAGGAUCCCGAGGAGGAAUCCGAGGAAGAGCAAGAAGAAGAGGAGGAAGACGAAGAAGAAGAAGAGGAAGACGAUGAUAUAGUCAUGAUUGAGAACGAAAUUGAAGAAGAACUGGAAGUAUUCAACCCUCCUUACAUCGCGAGGGUACCCGCACACCGCUUUGGAUACAAUGGACCUGAGCCCCGUUGGGUAACGACGAUCGAAAGGUGGAGCCGACAACAACGCCAACGGUCACCAUAUGGCGACCAACGAGGUUAUUAUGACCUCAUCCAUGGUGGACCGGCUGAUAGAGACCUCCUCGUCAUGACUCAGCGAAUAGCAAGUAUGGAUGAUCAUGGUAGGACGACGACCAAUCAGGUCAGGGAGCUAAGUACCAUCGUAGAGUCUACCACUGCUCGCACCAGAGAUUUGGAACGAGACUCCCACUACAGAGACCAACUCAUUCAAGACCUUCUCGCUGCUCGAUCUGAAGCAAGGGAGUAUCGGGAAAGAUACAUGGUGCUCGAAGAGAGAAUGGUCGCAGCCGAACGGAGAUUGGUAGAACUACAGGGCGCAUCGACAUCAUCCCAGGCUCCAUCAGGGAAGGAUCGUCGUGAUUAG